CGCCAUUCCCCCGCCUCCUCUCCGCUGCUAACUUCCCGGGAAGAUGAGGCCGUUCGGGGCCUGCGGCCGAGCUGCUGUUGCCGGGCGGUAGUCGGGGCGGAGACUGUGAGUGUCGGCUGCCUUGACCUCCAGCGCGUUUGCGGCGCUCGGAGUGACCCUCGAGCGGCUGAGGACAAGCAGCAUAAUGGCAGAAACUGUUUCUCCACUGAAGCACUUUGUGCUGGCUAAGAAGGCGAUUACUGCAAUCUUUGACCAGUUACUGGAGUUUGUUACUGAAGGAUCACAUUUUGUUGAAGCAACAUGUAAGAAUCCAGAGCUUGAUGGAAUAGCCACUGAGGAUGAUCUGGCAGAAAUACAGGGAUAUAAAGACAAGCUUUCCAUCAUUGCUGAGGUGCUAUCUCGGAGGCACAUGAAGGUGGCAUUUUUUGGCAGGACAAGCAGUGGGAAGAGCUCUGUUAUAAAUGCAAUGCUGUGGGAUAAAGUUCUCCCUAGUGGGAUUGGCCACAUAACCAAUUGCUUCCUAAGUGUCGAAGGAACCGAUGGAGAUAAAGCCUAUCUUAUGACAGAAGGAUCAGAUGAAAAAAAGAGUGUGAAGACAGUUAAUCAACUGGCCCAUGCCCUUCACAUGGACAAAGACUUGAAAGCUGGCUGUCUUGUACAUGUGUUUUGGCCGAAAGCAAAAUGUGCUCUCUUGAGGGAUGACCUGGUGUUAGUAGACAGUCCAGGCACAGAUGUUACCACAGAGCUGGAUAGCUGGAUUGAUAAGUUUUGCCUAGAUGCUGAUGUCUUCGUUUUGGUUGCAAACUCUGAAUCAACACUAAUGAAUACGGAAAAACAGUUUUUUCACAAGGUGAAUGAGCGGCUUUCCAAGCCUAAUAUUUUCAUUCUCAAUAAUCGUUGGGAUGCCUCUGCCUCAGAGCCAGAAUACAUGGAAGAUGUACGCAGACAGCACAUGGAAAGAUGCCUACAUUUCUUGGUGGAGGAGCUCAAAGUUGUAAAUGCUUUGGAAGCACAGAAUCGUAUCUUCUUUGUUUCAGCAAAGGAAGUUCUUAGUGCUAGAAAGCAAAAAGCACAGGGGAUGCCAGAAGGUGGUGGAGCACUUGCUGAAGGAUUUCAGGCAAGAUUACAGGAAUUUCAGAAUUUUGAACAAAUCUUUGAGGAGUGUAUCUCGCAAUCAGCAGUGAAAACAAAGUUUGAACAGCACACUAUCAGAGCUAAACAGAUACUAGCUACUGUGAAAAACAUAAUGGAUUCAAUAAACGUGGCAGCUGAAGAGAAAAGGGCUUAUUCCGUGGAAGAGAGGGAAGACCAGAUUGAUAGACUGGACUUUAUCCGAAACCAGAUGAACCUUUUAACACUGGAUGUUAAGAGAAAAAUCAAGGAGGUUACUGAGGAGGUGGCAGACAAAGUGUCACGUGCAAUGACAGAUGAAAUUUGUCGACUGUCUGUUUUGGUUGAUGAAUUUUGUUCAGAGUUUCAUCCUACUCCAGAUGUACUAAAAAUAUAUAAAAGUGAUUUAAAUAAGCACAUAGAGGACAGGAUGGGAAGAAAGUUGGCUGAUCGAUGCACCGAUGAAGUAAACGCCUUAGUGCUUCAGUCCCAGGAAGAAAUUAUUGAAAAUUUGAAGCCGUUACUUCCAGCUGGUAUACAGGAUAAACUACAUACACUGAUCUCUUGCAAGAAAUUUGAUCUCAGUUAUAAUCUAAAUUACCACAAGUUAUGUUCAGAUUUUCAAGAGGAUAUCGUAUUUCAUUUUUCCCUGGGCUGGUCUUCCCUUGUACAUCGGUUUUUGGGCCCUAGAAAUGCUCAGAGGGUGCUUCUAGGAUUAUCAGAGCCUAUCUUUCAGCUCCCUAGAUCUUUAGCUUCUACUCCCACUGCUCCUCCCAGUCCAGCAGUGCCAGAUAAUGCAUCACAGGAGGAACUCAUGAUUACGUUAGUAACAGCAUUGGCUUCUCUUACAUCUAGAACUUCUAUGGGCAUCAUUAUUGUUGGAGGAGUGAUUUGGAAAACUAUAGGUUGGAAACUCAUAUCUGUUUCAUUAACUAUGUAUGGAGCUUUGUAUCUUUAUGAAAGGCUGUCCUGGACCACCCAUGCCAAGGAGAGAGCCUUUAAACAGCAAUUUAUAAACUAUGCAACUGAAAAACUGAAGAUGAUUGUUAGCUCCACUAGUGCAAACUGCAGCCACCAAGUAAAACAACAAAUGGCUACCACUUUUGCUCGUCUGUGCCAACAAGUUGAUAUUACUCAAAGACAACUGGAAGAAGAAAUUGCUAGAUUACCCAAAGAAAUAGAUCAGUUGGAGAAAAUACAAAACAAUUCAAAGCUCUUAAGAAAUAAAGCUGUUCAACUUGAAAAUGAGCUGGAGAAUUUUACUAAGCAGUUUCUCCCUUCAAGCAAUGAAGAAUCCUAACAGAGAUUGCUUUGGUGACCACGAUAGGAGGAAACAAAACUUGUAAGAUUGGGACGGUUAUUUUUAUGAAAUGACUUUAAGUAUGAAUUAUACUAACUGUACCUAAAUAGCAAAGCCCUGUGUAGAUUCUGAUAAUGGUCUAUCUCAGGGUAUUUGUGUUUUGGAGAGUGUUAUGUCCUUAGUUUUAAUUUUGGGUAAAGAAAAGGCUUAAAUCAUGAAUUAGUUACAAGCAACAAUACCAACUUAUGUGACCCCUGAGGGGUGGGGCUGUGAGCUCUUAAUUUGUUUUUGAUUCUGAAAAACUCUGCUUCCUGGCAUCCAGGAGUUAGAGAUUGAGCCUCUCAUCUUCUUUCUCAAAACUAGUUUUUGAUGCUGUCUUUCAUGGGAAUAGUCACUUUUUAAUUUUAUUUAAUAAACUGCAUUGCCGGAAUCACCAAGGAGUGUGGAAUGUUCUUGAGUGUAUUAUUUCUGCAAGUUACAGUCACUUUGCUGUCAUGGCAGGUAUGUGAACCACUAGUAAAUAUGCUGUCUUUCUUCCCAUUAAAACUGAUGUAAAACAGAAUAAAGGCUUGUUGUAGUCGCUUAUAA